AAAAAAUCCUUGUUCGAGUCCGAGUUUGUUGAUGAAGACUUGAUGAAGACCAACUGAAGCUUAGUAGCUUAGUUCCUUCUUGUGUAACUGUGUCGAGAACCUUUGUUUUCAACUUAUAAUACUUGUUCCGUGGUAGAGACCGUACACUCACACAAGAGUGUAAUCCAGUAGAGCAGAAAACUCAUAGAUUUGAUCUAAAAUGGAAGUCAACUUGUUUCGAUGGAGCUUUCUUUCCCUGACGUUACUGUUUGGGGCUUGUCUUGGAACUGUGUGGCAUCAGCCACAACAAACACACAUAGCCGCUGGAGACACCCCAGACAAGAUCAUCAUUGUGUGGAGCACAUUCAACAAAACCGGAGACACCACGGUGCUCUAUGGCAAAAAUGGUAAACCCACACAGAAGGCCACGGGUAGUGUCACCACCUUCACGGACCAGGGCCCAGAGAAACGGAUUCAGUACAUCCACCGGGUGAUCCUGACAGGACUUGAGCCAAAGACUGACUACACUUAUAUGGUGGGAAGUGAAGCCUAUGGCUUUUCCGACAUCUUCGUGUUCCGCACUUGGCCAGCCGGAGAGAACUGGUCCCCUUCCUUGGCUAUUUUUGGAGACCUGGGCAACGAGAAUGCUCAGUCAUUGCCAAGACUGGAGGUAGAUGCUGCAGCGGGGAUGUACGACGCCAUCCUUCAUGUUGGUGACUUUGCGUAUGAUCUUGAUGUGGACAAUGCUCGUGUGGGAGAUGAGUUCAUGCGACAGAUUGAGCCCCUGGCCUCGAGACUGCCCUACAUGACCUGCCCUGGGAAUCAUGAGAAUGCCCACAACUUCUCCAACUAUAGAAAUCGUUUCUGGAUGCCCGGGGAUGAGAACAAGCGUACUUACUUCAGCUUCAACAUGGGCCCAGUUCACUUCAUCUCCCUGUCCACGGAGCUCCUGUUCUACGUUCAGUACGGCCUGGUCCCCAUCGUGGAGCAGUACAAGUGGCUAGAGAGAGACCUGGCGGAGGCUAACAAACCAGAGAACCGUCAGAAACGUCCAUGGAUCAUCGUGUUUGGUCACCGUCCAAUGUACUGCUCCAACGACGACAACGAUGACUGCACUCACCAUGAGAGUUUGGUUCGUGUUGGAAUCCCGUUCCUGCAUAUUCUGGGUAUGGAGAAGUUGCUCCACGAGUACGGCGUGGACAUUGCCCUGUGGGCUCACGAGCACUCCUACGAGAGACUCUGGCCCGUCUACAACAGAAAGGUGUACAAUGGAAGCUACUCCAAGCCCUAUACCAACCCAGGAGCCCCAGUACACAUCACCACAGGAUCUGCAGGAUGCAAAGAGAAGCAUGACAACUUUGACAAAAAGGUGGACGACUGGUCUGCAUUUAGAAGUGAUGACUACGGUUACACUCGCAUGAAGGUGUAUAACAGCACACAUGUCUACAUGGAGCAGGUGUCGGAUGAUAAGCACGGUGCCAUCAUUGACAAGUUGAUGGUGGUCAAAGAGAAGCAUGGGCCGUACCCUCAUGACCCCCGGCCCGUUGUCCCUGUGGCAGACCCGAUGAAGAAACUCUGGAAACACUUCAAAGAUUUUGUGGAUGUGGAGAACUUACCGUAGAGUAGAGAGCCACUUGUCUGUCUUUUGUGUACAUGUCACAUUGUUUAAAAAUAUUUUCUUUGAUGUCUCACUGAUUUUUCUGUUUUUCUUAAAGUCCGUCAUUUGAAGCUUUUGUGUCUGCACAUGUAGUUAAUGCUUUGAAUCAAGUGCUGAAAGCUCUCUCAUUCAAGAGCAAAAGUUUGGCAAAACCAGGGGAUUUAACUGUAAUAUAUAGAGUGUCCUUAGGCUGUGAAUAUUUUUUUUUCAAGUGACAACUCUUAUAAGUACAUUUUAAUUUUAAUCAAUGUAGCAUUGGGAAAGGAGUGUUUUGUAAUCAACCUGUAGCGGGUUUUUCUUGCAUCCGCUUUAUGUUUUCUAAUUAAAGAAUUAAAGCUAAAAAGGUUUUCCACUUUUCAACGAUAAGGUGGCAAGACAAGUCUUUUUUACGGUACAAUUUAUUAGUAUGAUUUUUAUCAAAUGAUUUAUUAUUGAACAAUUUAUCAGUAUGAAAUGAUGAAAGACAUGUUAAACUUGAAGAUAAUAGCAUCAUUACAAAAUCUACAAAUUUGAUCUGUGUGUCAAUUUUCAGCCAGUAUCUCCAUUUGUGGACUGCGACAAGUUACUGAUGUUGUCAGGACGCCUCACAUAUAUGUGAUUGUGAUUCUUAAUAACCUCUGUCUCGUCACCACAAAUGAGAGUUGUUUAUAAUGUAUUUUGUCCACAUUUUGUAUUGAAUGAAGACGGCUCUCUUGUGACUGAUAGGCCACUGCCAGCCAGAGAAUACUGGUUGCGAGGAGUGCAAAGAAAUGAUGGAUCAAGAUGCCCCCUGUUUUGUUACCUCAUGUCACCUCAAGUGUUGCGGGAAUACCUCCGUACCUCCGCUGCUAUGUCUUUCUCUUUUGUGUAGAGACUUGUCUCGACUUUCUUCCUCCUUUGGCAGCAAUGUUUGAAGACGACGUUAAAGUAAUGUUUUCGUUUCUGCAUAACUUGAAAUGUGAAAGGUUCCGUUAUCGCAAGACUUUGAAUGUUGAAACCACUGUUGCUAUAUUAUAUCAAAUUUUUAACUAGAUAUCUAUUAUAUCAGUCUUUAAUGUGAAAGUUUUAUUGUUGGAGGAAUUAUUUACCCGGCAUUUAUGAUGUGCAAUCUUUCUGUCACUGUUGUCUUUUCAUCUUGAAAUCCUUUGUGCUAUUAUAAAACUUACAUUGAAAAAUUUUCUAUUUCUACUGUGCAGGGUGACAAGUGUUCUAAGUAUAAACUUGUGUCUUGGAAUUUUUCAUUACGUUAUACUGUAUGGCGAAAAAUUUUGUGAGUUCAAAGCAUGGUAAGAUUUUUAUUUAUGAUGUGUACAAAUUUAGUGAACAAGUUACAUUGUGAAAGUAGUAGUGUUACUUUACUACUGUUACUUCUUUGAAAGACUGCUCAGUGCUUGGGCUGUAAACAGUUGCUGUAUGUCUUUUGCCUAACAAUCAAAAAUGGUCAGACUAUAGAGGUGCAAGACAAAUAGAUCACUCAAAAACCGUCUGAAUUGUAAUAUUUUGUCUCAAGUUGCCAGAAGUGCCUUCCAGUUGUCAAAUGUACUGAGCCUUUCCAUGCCAAGACUUAUUUUCUCUUCUUUUCUUUCUUGUGAAAAUAUUUUUAGAAGGGAGCGUUGUCUGUAUCUCUGGAAUGUUCUCAAGUUUCAGACGUUUUAGUUUCUUAUCCUUUUAUACAAAACUGGUUGUGUCCACUUUCUGUUUGAGUGACUUUGUUACAUUUCACGUUCAUUCCAGUAGGUUCUAAAAAUCUUGUUUCGUUAUUUUGGUGGUGCUGAAGUAAAUAUUUUGUUCCAACAAAUGUUUUAGAAAUGGGGGGAUAAUUGUGACAGGGGUUCGUUGGUGGGCGCUUAAGACACUUAAGUAAAUCAGUUCGUUCUUCAACUUCGUUUCAGUACUGCUCAUUUGUAUUCCGUUUUUUCACCCUACCAGUGUCUAUUGUGUAAUGGUUAGAUUCUUUGCUGUUGUAUGCAGAAAAUGUGAUUUAAAUUCACAUGGGGGGGGGGGGGGGGGAGAUUAUGUCAAGUGACUCCGUCUGCUUGAAUGUUGAACCCCACUUAGUGUAAGAGUUUAAGCAGCCCGUCUUUUAUUUAUUGAUCUAAAUUUUGUCUAUAGGCUUUUAAAACAUUCACAAUGAAUGACACAAACAGGUCAAUGGAAUUUCAAGUUGUCUUUUUUCUUGUAAAACAAUUUUGAUGGACUCAGUAUUAUCAAGGGAUAGCAGUUAUCGUAACUCAGGAUUUGGGUGAAAAUGGCUUUUUACGUAUUUAAUUUGACACUAGGAAAGGGCUCAUGCCCCGUAAAAACCUCAGAGAUGCGAUUUUUUGGUGAAAAUACUCAAUUAAAAUCAUCCUAGGUAUUGUUGAUGGAUGUUGUGGGGAAAAAUCUCUUUUUUGCUCAUCCUGUAAAAUUUGAAAAACCCGAGUUACAUUAAUUAAUAGUUGUACUGGUAUCUCGUGAUAUGAACGAGAGUGAGACAGAUGACGUAACGUGUUUAGUGAAAAGAUGCCACAUCCCACCGGAGAGGACAUGUGUGUCAACCCUGCUAGCAAAUUGUUUUAGUGUCUUGGGUGUGAAAUAUGGCCAUUACUACACUGAAGCGUUGUGAACUUCCAGUCAGCAAAUAUAAUCAAGGUUCCCACUGGGGGGUUUUUUAAGAUAGCUUUUAGUGCAAGUUUCAUGACUACUAUACUUUGGACGCACAAGAACAGUAUUUGUCUGUACAAACAAUGUGAUUUCUAUGCUUUUGUACAUUCCCAUAAAAAAUAAAGAAUGACAUCAUCAGGUACACU